AUUGUGAAUUCCAACCAUGGUUCCCAGUGAGAUCAGAGGAGUCCAUUAUCUAGCACCUGAAAAUCCAUUCCUAGUUCCACCAAACUUUGGCUUGCUACAGAGUGAUAUUCCAAACCUUCAUCUGAAUAGCCUCUUAACCAGCUUGCCAAACUGCCACUUCCCAUCUUCAGGCCAUGAAUUUGUUCCUCCUUCAUGCCUCAGCAGCAACUCAACUUCUGAUGAAGCUGAUGAACUUCAAUUCAACGUCAUCGAUGAAAGAAAGCAAAGGCGAAUGAUAUCUAACAGAGAAUCUGCACGCAGAUCAAGGAUGAGGAAGCAAAAGCACUUGGAUGAACUGUGGUCACAGGUGGUUAGACUAAGAACUGAGAAUCACAACCUUAUUGACAAACUGAACCAUGUUUCUGAGUCCCAUGACCGAGUUGUUCAAGAGAAUGCACGCCUCAAGGAAGAAACUUCUGAUCUUCGCCAAAUGCUAGCAGACAUGCAAAUUGGAAACUCUUUUGCUUGCACCUUGAGAGAUUUUGAUGAGGUUCCAUGUAACACAUCUCAACUCAAAGCUGAAUCAUCAAACCAAUCUAUUACUUCUGCGGACUUGAUUCAUGAAUGA